GUUGACCAUAUUCACUGAGCAAUCAACACGCCACGUCCGCCGCUCAGUGCCGAGAGGAACAUGGUGUCGAUCCAGUUCACAUCCGAUGUGGGCCUGGGCAAGGUCGCCAUCGCUGGCUUUGGCCUGGGGUUCGUCAUGGCACUCCACGUGUGUCUGUUCAUCUGGGCGUACUUCCUCACCGACGGCGACACGUGGGUGUAUCGGAACGCAGUGAUCCAGUGGUCCCUCUACGUGGUGUGCCUGACCUUCUUCCACUUUUCCGAGUUCAUCAGCACGGCGGCGUUCAAGCCAGGGUUUGUCAGCUACGAAUCGUUCCUCCUCAACCACAGCGAUGCCUACCACAUGGCGCUCGCCGCGGGGUGCGUGGAAUUCUGGCUCGAAUCCCACUUCUUCCCCGAGCUCAAGUACAUCCACGACGUGUCGUCCGUGGGACUGUUCCUCAUCGUGUUGGGCGCGAGCUUCCGCGUCGGCGCCAUGUGGACCGCCAAGUCCAACUUUAGUCACCGCAUCGAAGUGGCCAAGCGCAAGGAUCACACGCUCGUGACCCACGGCGUGUACAAGUACAUUCGGCAUCCGUCGUACUUUGGCUGGUUCUACUGGAGCAUUGGCAGCCAAGUCUUUCUCUGCAAUCCGUUGUGCACAUUGGCGUACGCCGCCGCGUCGUGGAGCUUCUUCAAGGAUCGCAUUCCGUACGAGGAAGAGCUGCUGCUCGAAUUCUUUCCGGCCGAGUACCCAGCGUACAAGGCGCGCACGUUCAGCGGGAUUCCGUUCGUAUGAUACUAAUAUAAUAGAAACGCCGAGUAAGUAUGCAAAGUGCACAACACGAUUCACUACUGUACGGUACAGUUACUUGUCGUGGAUCUGCACCAUGAAAUAUAAAACGCGAUUAGUAUAUUUUAAAAAAUCAAUACAAUCUCAA